GUUCGAUGGCCGGCCAUCGAGGACGUUGGCUGGCGCGCUUCGCGUCAGUCGUGGCCGCGCCGCCCGCGCCGCGCUUGGCGACGCUGCGCCGCCACCUCCAGGCCGGCGAUGUCACUCGCGCGCUCUCACUGCGGUCGCCCAACUCGGCCGCCAAGCUCGAUGUGCUCACCGACUUUGUUGCGCACAUUGAUGCGCUCAACCCGGCGCUUGCGCAAAAGACCGCUGCGUUCUUCAUGAAGCGCGACGUACACCUCGCGCCGACGCUGCUGCGUGCGUACGAGACGCUCAACGUGACCUUGCCGCCCGCUGCGCUCAAGGACAUGCUCAUGGCGCUCUCCCAAGCCGGGGAAACCCGCGCUGUGCUCCAAGUGCUGCAGAUGGCGCAGACGCGCAACAUGCAUGUGCCACCGGAGGCGUUGCUGCAGUGCUUUCUCGCGUGCGAACCAACGGACGACCGCGGCCCGCGCGACCCGCGCCCGCUCGCAUCGCCGCUCCUUGCGCUCUUGCAGCAGCAGCGCGUCAACGUGAGCUACCCGUCGUUUGGCGCGUCCAUCGUGCGCGUCUGCCUCAAGCUCGAUGCGAUUCCAGAAGCCCUCGCGAUCGCCACGGCACUGUAUCCGACUCUGCCGCCACCGCUGGCCAACCUCGUCGACAAUCUCCGCGCGCUCCACGCGUAUCCGGAUUUCCAAAGUCUCUGGGUGCAGUUUGCAUUGUGCCAUAACAAGGACGUGGCUGAGCCGCUCUUUCAAGCGCUGCAAAGCUCGCCCAUUGCGCUGCAGGCAUCCGGCAAGCUUCUCAGCAGCGUGGCGUCGGCGCUCUUCCGCCAAGGCAAGCAUGGCUUGGCGUGCGACGCGGUGGCGGCCGCGUUGCGCGUGGCGCCGGUGCCGUACCACGUGUUUGCAACGGGCUUUAGCGGCAUGACGGUCUCGUCGUACGGCCUCUCGACGCUGUUGGAGCUUCUCUGGACCGCGAUCGAGUCGGAUCACAUUGACGACGGCGCCAGCCUCCGCCACGUGGACGCCGCGAUCCGCGCCUGUUUGCGGCACAAUGACGUGGCAAACGCGCUGCGCUUGUACGCGUAUCUUUCGAAAGACGCGCCGCCCGAACCGUCGCGGUACACGGCCACGAUGGACUACCUCGCGCUCGCCCCGGCCGAGUGCCACCACCACCUUCUCGCUUUUCUCGUACACCGGCGCACGGACACGGCGAUGGCCCUUUUCGAAAGUCUAGUCAAGGCCAACGUUCCGAUCUCGCCCAAGACGCUCAAGGACAUGGUCAUGGCCGUCCACCGGACCCCGGGGCACGUGGUCACGCUUCUCGAGUACGCCUUGUCGUCUCGUGUGGCACUGCCCGUCGUGAUGGCGACGACGAUUCUCUCCAAAGGCGGCAAGGACCACGAAGAGGUUGUCGACGCGAUCUUGAACCUCAUGGACGCCGACUUGAUCCUGACCAACGGCAUCGUCCUUGGGGCAACGGUUUCCGACUACGACACGGCGUCGCACGCCGCGCAGCGGGCGCUGGCCCUUGGUCGGCGUCAGCUCGGGCGCAUGCUCGCCGACACCACCGCGUCCCAUCCAGUCGAUGUCACGGGUAUUGUCAGGUUCCUCGUGCUUCAUGAGCCCGAGAUUGGCAUGGCGCGCUUCCGGCAGUGCGCGGCCGCGUCCAUGGUGCUCACGCCUCGGACGAUCGUGGCGCUGCUGCGACACGCGGCGACGACCGUCGACGACGUCAACGCGCUCAUUACGUACGCCAAGUCGACGCAGUGCGUGUUGCCAGGACACAUUGUCGGCGAGGUCCUCGACAAGUUUGGCCCGCCGUCCACUGCCUCGUCGAUUUGAUGGCGUCGCGCAUGGUGACGCUCAACCGUCACGGGCUCCGAUCCAUUUUGUAUGCGUCGCAGGACCCCGUCAUGGUGCAGAAAUGCAUGGAGCUGGGUCUAGAGCGCGGGUUUGACUUGCCCCUGCACCUUCUCCACGCCUAGUUUUGGUACUGGCUUUGAAUUUAAUAUCGUAUCUUCGCCUCACAUGUGGUGUCACCGGAAUCGCAAGGGCCUGGCGAGCGAGAACAAGCGUGCGAGAUUGCGACGGCAAGAUCAAGCAAAGCCAGCUACAUCACACGUGCUCGACAGGACAUAUUGUGCUGCAACACGCGCGUCGACUGUAGCUACCGGUACGAGCAGCUCCAACUCGAGGGCGAACUGCUGGGCGAACCUUGUCUGUCGGCGGGCCGGACGCCACCGUAUUUUGACACAAUACACAAUACACAAUACAUCUUGCCGCAAGAGAAACUGAGUCCGACCCCGUA